AGUGCGCCGACAAAAUCUAAAUACAAUCUCGGUUAAUUUUCCCUCACUGAACAUGUAUCGCUCGCGGUAUGUCACAUCAAGAUCUAAAACUCCUCGAGUUAGAUCAGUGGGAUUGCCGUUAAAAUCUGUUCCUGAAGAACAGGUUACAUAUGUCUCAGCAGUGAUGGUAGGUUGAAUAUAACAGUAGUUCUUUAUGACAGUCAUUUAAACGCGCAGCAUCUUCUUGGAACAGAUCCCUAUUUGUGCCAAGUUUUUUAAGAUAUAACGAAGAUUAUUUGAUUUUUUAGUUUUUGUUGCCUUGUAGAUUCAUCUCUCUACGAACACGAGCCGAGAAACAAAUCCAGAUAAGGUAGGGAACAGGAUAAUUUGAACCGUAGCUAUUUUCAUUUUCCCGUGACACUUCGCUUGAAUUAAAAAAACAGAGAAAAGAAAGCUAGUAUAUUUUCCUUAACAAAAAGGCUUGAAGACAAUGAGAAUAAAGAUCUUCAAUCUGAUUUACAACAUAACUGGUAAUGCAUCAGACAGUUUGGACAAAAUUUUUGGUUGGAGGUAGUUUUUUUGUAAUGUUUACCCAAGCCAUUAUCCCAGAAACGUCCAAAUUGUUUAUGCUAAGGAAUAUUUGUUCAUAAUGGUUUGGUUGCGAAAGGCAAAAACAAAGCAUGUAGCAAAUCAAACUGCUACGAGAUCAAAAAUCUCAACCAAAACUUCCCGAUUUGCCAGGUUUUAUUUUUAUUUUUUUCAUUUUGAAUACAUAUGCUAAUUUCGACAAAUUCAUCUCGACGUCUUCGCUGCAGGAACAUACUUGUUGAAAAGAAUGACAAUAAGGUGCACCUGCAUUACGGGAAAUGAGAUUUCUCUAUUGUUGGAAAAUUUGCUCUCAAACAUGUGGAAGAGAAGUCGGUGAAAAAUGAAAGGGAAAUUUUUUAUACUGUACGGGAUAUGUUAAAAAAAAUAAUUGUUCUUGAAUGAGAAGCCCAAACUAAACUAGAAAUAUUGAUGACAACAUUGAUACCUGAAGAGCAUUUACCUCGACAGAUUAGUUCAAAUUCAAUAUUGUUUUUGGCGGGAAUACCCCUGACUGGUACAUUAAAAUGCAAAUUGAGAAAGGUUUGAUAAUUAUUUCUCGAUAACCCUGUACUGAUUUUGCCCCAAAACUCUUUGGUUAAAGAUAUAUUAGAUAAAAAAAAAAGUCAAUUUUAAUAUAAAGUUGGCCUGCACAGUUAAAUUGUUGGCUCUUUAGUUAUGAUUUUUCCAGUAAUUUGUAAAUUGCGGCUAAAAUCUUACUUUACAGAAACGGAUGAGAGUUUGAAGAUCCAGUAAUAAACGGAUUUACAAGAAAAGCUAGUUUCUGACUGAAUUUAGACAUCAUUGCAGAAGAAUUAUUGGAAGUUUUGAAAAUAAAGAACUAGAUCAAUUCAGUAUCUGGUAAAACUACAAGAGGAAAGGCGAAAUGUUCUCCUCGAUUUUUCUUGUUUUUAAAGCAGCCUCGUGGGAACCACAAAAUCUAAAUCUGAAGCGCAGAAGGUAACAUGCUGAUUACAUGUUUUCUGUUUGAUUUAUAGAUGCCUGGCUCACAAAAAAGCCCUCAACAGAAAGGAAACAACACGUCAGUCACCACUCCGCAGAAAAGUACUUCCGGAGACACCUUGUCUUCGUCAGUAUCGAGCCAAGUGACUAAAAAGCCCGUGGAGGGUACACCUAGGACCUCGACGCCGGAAAAGCAUGACUCCUUGAGUCCGCGAGGUCGACAACAAAACAUCAGCGGGUUUCAAAACGAGACUUUGUUUCCGAAUAGGGAAAGCUGUGAAGUUCGAAGAAAACCUUUUCAUGUAAGUAACACUGUCGUUUGACUCAUUAUCAUACAAUUAGGCGGAUUCACAGAGUAUAGAAAGCAAGGUUAGAUAGUAUAAAUAUCCAGAAGUCCAUCGAAUUUCAAAAAAUUAUAUACACCUGAUUGCAAAAAAAUUUACGCCCAAAAAGCGUUAGCAAUGAACGAUGGGACACAAAGGCUUUUUGGAUACUCCUGUGCGUAAGAACCACAGGUGGUUGCACGUGGUAAAGAAUUAUCAUAAACAAAGAUUUUCAUGAAUAAUGGAAAAAGAACAGCUUAUUGAUUAUGUAACUGUGCGAAUAUUUCUCAUAAAGCCCAUAUGUCUGAUCAUUUAUGGAUCACGCUAUUUAGGUGUCGACGUUUUUGCAAUCGAGUGUAGACGUUUUAAGCCACAUAUGAGAACACAGUUUCGAAAGCAGUAUUCGUUUGAAAACGAUCUAAAGCGCGGAAAAACUGGAAAACCCAAUAACUGGCUUGGCAGACUACGAUUUAUUUGGGAGGGUGAAGACCUAAUUAAUUACACGAUGGUUGUGUGUUUCUCUGAUUAUAUGGUCUAAGUCCUGUUCGAAGUCAAACCAUAAAAACUAAGUCAAAGUUGAAAAAUAUUUUCUUCGUCUUUUUUUUUUUUUUUUUCUUGUUCGUUGGCUUUUUUUGUCGAGCGUGGGACAGGAAAGCCUGAAUAUCAACACAUGCGACAAAAAGCAAAAGCAUCCCACUUUCUUCAACGGCUAAGCUCAAAAUUUACCAGCUUUCUUAUCCUAUUUAAAUCAAGGCUCCAAUGUUUCUCUUCAAGGAGGUCGAGUCGUUUAAGACCCGCAGGGGUUAACUUACGUACCCUCUCACAAAUGGAAGCCAACUGCGAGAAAAAAGAAAGCAUUUGAAAGGGGCGCUUUUGAAACAAAGAACUGACUCACUCUCAGAAUAAUUUACACAAAAGAACGGCGCGAUGUAAAAUCUCGAGAAUGUUAAGAACUUCAGCUAACGCGUUCUGCCCACGUACACUAUAAACAAGACUUCGUAAACUGAGCACAGAUACUCAACCACUUGUUCACGCUCUCUCUAAUGAAGAAGAACUGACCUAGAUUUUUACUCCGCUUAAAAGGUACUUAUGUUGUGAUUUGUUUCCAAACUUUUUGACUUGUUGAUGUUAAACAACGGUACAUUAAUUGCCUUCAUUAGUGCAGUCUUUUUUUGUGGUUUUCUGUCUAAAUUAGAGGCAAUUAUCCUUUGAUUAUAUGUGUGUUGUCGGCUGAAACAAAUCAAUAUAAAUACGCGUUUUCAUCUUGGCAAGUUCUAGUAAAAAAUUAUAGCCAUGAAUUACGAAACGCUUCACAAAAGCUUCAAGAAUCAAUGUCAGUUCGCUUUUUUAGUAUAUUAAGUUUAUGCGUCUGAAACGUUUACUAAUAGUGUGCAGGAUAACUAAGUAAUAUUCAAUGCGAAUACAGACAAGUUUCACACUUAGGAACAGACGCUUUGCUUUCAUUAUAGAUUUAAGCUGCAGUUACAGUGAAGUAAAAUCCUUAUGCAUAAUAAACACUGCUAUGACGCGUGCAUGGGAAAUGCAUGUAGACUGACUAAAUGCAUAUAGACUGAUUGACUAACUGAUCAACUAACUGACUGAUUGACUAUCUUGCUGACCAAUGGACUGACAGACACCAUAAAUGACAAACAAGAAUUUUCGCAAAAGUCGCCUCACUAUGAAUUUCUUAUUUCACAGGAAACCAUGGCCACCGAUGGCGUAAAUUCUACACUACAUCAAUUUGUAAACAACGAGAAAAUGGUUCUCUCUCAAUCGGAGUUUCCAACCCUGAACUCGCGCCAUGACAGCCCUCUUAAGAAUCAUUGGUACGUCGAUAUUAUCCAGCGGCUGGAGGACUUAAGUUGGAGUUAUCAGACAAUGGAGGUGGAGUAUGCUUUUCUGGAGAAGCUCAUGGCAGAACAAAAAGAGGAUCUGAAAAAAGCUCAAAGCUGGAACAAUCGUCUCAGAAAUCAGCAAAGAGCGAAGAUUGUCCACUAAUGGCGGAUGAUCGGUGAACUUUCUGACAAACUUUUUAGUCAGUUAAUAGUACUUUCUCUAAACAUUUUGGUAUUCUCUAGUGGACAAGACCUUUGCAUGGCUUCUGAUGCAAUCGCAAAUACGAGAUAUAAGCCUUCGAAUAUCGAUCGCCAACGCAUCUUGAACGCACUUAUGUUGUAUUCAACUAUACGGAACAUCCAAUCAGUAUUUUUCAGAGAGGUGUCAAAAAUGUGUAGGGAACUCGGCUUUGGAAAUGAUUUAUCUACAUCUAUACACAUAGAGCUGUUGAAUCAAGAGUUCUGGCAAGAUAAAAGUUCUCCUUGUGAAAAUUUAAAUUAUAGAGUAAAAGGCUUUUCAGAAAAUGGGACUAAUUUAAAUUUUCGCCUUUUUUCACGUUUCUGAGGAAAGACCUCUGGUUCGAGCUUUAGAUAAGGAUAAGUAACGACGAUCCUAUGAAAAUGUAAAAAACUUUUUU